AUGCAGCCUUUCAACUACAUUGUGCCAGCCUUGUUUUUCAAUGCGACCGUUGAUCGUGCAUUGGACCUGGGGAACUUGUCAUCGGGAAGCAGUCUCGGGCUAUUUCACUUUGAAACAAUCUCGCUUGUGUCUGAACCUGGAUUCGAGGUUCAAUUGAAAGCAACGAUCUCCAAUGUAAACGACUACUCCAUCACUGAUGUAGACCCGUCCAUUACGCACCCACGCUUCAUAGGAACGGUCGUUCCUGAUGACAAUUCCAUGCCAUUCCAGCUAGAGAUGAGUGGCAUACUUUUCAACGAUGAAAUGAUCAAGUCCAUCAUUUCCAAACCUCCAUCAUCCGACCAACUGAACGCGUGUGCCAACCAGACGCAGAAGGAUAUUGAGCGUGAGAAUAAUUGUUUUAGGUCCCGUCGGGAAGUGCCUUAUGGUACCCUCUAUCGAGUUCUCACGGCUACUUUCCAGGGUGGGAGUUCGAGGUAUGAAGGGUUGAUGAAUUCAAUAUUUGUGGCAUCCGAGACUGUAUCUGAUGGUGAUGAGCCGGGCAAGUACCUUGUCGGGAUUAAGCUCUCUAAAGUUUAUGCGUCCAGGACAUCGAUCACAAUUGGGAACGAGUAUGAGUAA